UUAUUUUCCCCGGAGAGUCCCGAGGCGCCGCGCCUUGGCCCCGCCUACAGCUCGAGGCCCCGCCCCCGGCGCCCCUCCCAGCCCUUUGAAGCGGCUCGGGCUGCGGCUGCCUCAGAGUGGCGCGGGGGGCGUGGGGCGGUGCUGAGGAGCUGAAGCCGUGGCCAGCUCGACGCCGGACAGUCCAGCGAGCAGCACGGCGGGAACCGGCAGCCGGAGCAGUCCCGGAGCAGAAGCAGUAGCAGCAGCCGUCGCCGUUCGCGGAGCGCAGCCGAGCCGGCCAUGGCGUUGUCGAUGCCGCUGAAUGGGCUGAAGGAGGAGGACAAAGAGCCCCUCAUCGAGCUCUUCGUCAAGGCUGGCAGUGAUGGUGAAAGCAUAGGAAACUGCCCCUUUUCCCAGAGGCUCUUCAUGAUUCUUUGGCUCAAAGGAGUUGUAUUUAGUGUGACAACUGUUGACCUGAAAAGGAAGCCUGCAGACCUGCAGAACUUGGCUCCCGGGACCCACCCACCAUUUAUAACUUUCAACAGUGAAGUCAAAACGGAUGUAAAUAAGAUUGAGGAAUUUCUUGAAGAAGUCUUAUGCCCUCCCAAGUACUUAAAGCUUUCACCAAAACACCCAGAAUCAAAUACUGCUGGAAUGGACAUCUUUGCCAAAUUCUCUGCAUAUAUCAAGAAUUCAAGGCCAGAGGCUAAUGAAGCACUGGAGAGGGGUCUCAUGAAAACUCUGCAGAAACUGGAUGAAUAUCUGAAUUCUCCUCUCCCUGAUGAAAUUGAUGAGAAUAGUAUGGAGGACAUAAAGUUUUCUACACGUAAAUUUCUGGAUGGCAAUGAAAUGACAUUAGCUGAUUGCAACCUGCUGCCCAAACUGCAUAUUGUCAAGGUGGUGGCCAAAAAAUAUCGCAACUUUGAUAUUCCAAAAGAAAUGACUGGCAUCUGGAGAUACCUAACUAAUGCAUACAGUAGGGACGAGUUCACCAAUACCUGUCCCAGUGAUAAGGAGGUUGAAAUAGCAUAUAGUGACGUAGCCAAAAGACUCACCAAGUAAAAUCGCGUUUAUAAAAGAGAUGUCUUCAUGUCUUCCCCUAAGAAUAUGCUUUUCCUAACAGGCUACUCCUUCCUAUAGAGCAGAAAUUGUAUUUUGCACGAACAUGCAGUUAUUGAAGAUUAGGAUCAAGGAUAGACAAGGUAUAGUAGUUAUCUUAAAAUACACUCCUAAGCAGUAUUAUUUUAAAAUCCUUUUACCCUGGCUACCUCCCCUACCUGGGUUCCCCUCUCUUUAAUUUGGAGACACUCCACCACAAACUUUUCACUUUAGAGGUAGCUUGCCAUCUCUCAGGAGCCCUCACCAUUGUGUCCAUUCACUGUGUAUAGAUGGCAGAACUUUUGAGGUGCAAUGUUUAAUUGUUAAAAAUAGUAGCCAUGACUUUAUCAGGCAGCCCCAAACUGGUGCAUAAUGCAGGUACAAGGAAUAUUUAUGUAUUUUUUGGAAUUUUUAGUAAUAUUUAGUAAGAGUAUAUGAAAGGAUUGCUACUGUAUCAGAAAUAUUGUUUCAAUUUAGUCUAUCCUGGAUAUGUACUAACGAAUAUUACCACCAGAGAAGAGAGCUUUCUACAAACGUCACUACAGAUUUUGCUAUAUUGCUUUGUAGAUAGAUUUUUACUUUUGCCUAAAAGCAUUUAUCCUUCAUACCAGUUGUAACAUCUGACACCAUGUAGAAGCUAAAAGUUUAGAGGGAGUGAGGGUUUUCUCAAGACCUUCCUCAAGCAUUUUAUCUUUAUAAGAGAAACUGAUGGGCACCUGAUACUCUGUCUAAAUACGUUUGUUAUAUGUGUUUUGCCCUGUGCCAUUCAUUUAGAACUUUAUUGCUUUCUUUAUUUUAAAAAGCUUGUUUUUAGGUAAUCAUAGAGCUUGCUAUCUGUACAUCUUUUGAGCAACACUACAUAACUGAUUUUUAGUCGACUUAGCUAUAGCAGUACAAUGAUUAGUAAUGUAAAAAUUAACACAGAAAUUAACCUAAGGAAUGAAGGGUGGGUUUGUCAAAAUACCAAGUAAAUUUUUGUUUCUAAAGUACAUUUAAUGUAGAUGACCUAAAGAAUGCAUUAUCCAGCCUAUAUAAAAAAAAAAAGGUAAAACACGGGUCACUAAUUUUCUCAUUUCACCCCAUUUACCUUAUAUAGAGGAUUGUUUAUUCUUUUGGGACUAAGUUAUAGUUAUGGUGAGUGUGUAUUUACUGUAGUUUUGCCUAAUCUCACUCAUUGCACUUCCUGGAGUUAUAUUUUCCAACAGCCAUGUUGAGGAAUAGCACUCUGCAUGUUUUUGUUUUGUUUUUCGGGGUUUUUUUUAAUUGAAGCCCUAAACCAGGAAUUAUUUGUGCUCUAACAAGGGAGGAUGAACUUGCUGAAAAUAAAACUUUGCUAUGUAUUUACUCUUUUUUAAAAGACAAAAACAAAACCAGACUUUCUACGUACUACUCCAAAGACUGUGAUUGUGACUAUAACACAUUUUUGGUAAUUUUUUUAUACCUAAUUUGUAUAGGAAGUGCUAUUUCUCAUAGGCUGUUUCUUGAAAUUUUGUUUAUUGCUUUAAAAUGGCAGUGUUUCUCCCACUUUGAUAUGCUAACAUUUAGUAAGCACUGGCUUUAUGAAAGCAGCUUUUUAUAAGUGUACUGCAUUUUUUGAACCUAAUGUUAAUUAGCUUAGUAUGAAAGAUAAGAAAAUCUCCAUGUUGUAUCCAUUUGGUUCAGGGAGAUUCUUUGCCUUACCUUUCUUGGAACUCUUUAUUGCUUAUCAAAAGUUUGAGUACCCGCUUGGUUUUUUUUGGUAAUUAAAUAUUGUAUGAUUUAUCUGGUUCAA